CUGUGCGGCGCUAAGAAAGGUUGCGCUCAGCGGAGGAGCCCAGAAACCGAUCCAACUUCGCAGGAGUUUCCCUCGGCUCCUUCAGCCAUGCCCUCCGCGGCCAGUCGGGUUUGGCUCGGAGGAGGCGGCGGCGGAGACGGCUUCGGCAGCGCUUCUGUACAAGCUGCCCCGGGCACUUCGGCAGCCGCGUGCUCCGGGCGCAACGCGGCGCCCGCCGCCACCCCUCGCUGAAGCUAGCAGCGUCGCCAAGACAUUGGGUUGUUCGAGGAGGCGCACCGCCGCGCGCUCGACGGCUUGCCGGGACAGCAGAGCAGCUGUUCCCGCCUCGUGGACGGCGAAAGUGGGUGGGGGUGGUAGGAAGGGGUAAGGGUGUGUGUGAAGGGACCGAGAGAAUCCACAGAGCGGCCGCCUGCCCGAAGAGAAGCCGGGCGGGACAGCCGUACCCGCCCUUCCCGGCCCCACUCCUCGUAGGCUGAAGGCACUUUUCCUCCCUCGAGCCCCUCUUCUACUUCUGUCCCCCCCAAGCCAUGACCUUUGGCCGGGGUGGCCCGCCGGUGGUGGUGUUGAACGUGGGGGGCACCCGCUACUCUUUCGCUCGGGAGGCGCUGAAGGACUUUCCCCUCCGGCGGGUGAGCCGCCUACACGGCUGCCGGUCGGACCAAGACGUACUCGAGGUGUGCGACGACUACGACCGCGAGCGGAACGAGUACUUCUUCGACCGGCACUCCGAAGCCUUCGGAUUUAUCCUGCUCUACGUGCGCUACGGCCACCUGCGCUUCGUGCCCCACAUGUGUGAACUCUCCUUCUACAACGAGAUGAUCUACUGGGGCCUGGAGGGAUCCCACCUGGACUAUUGCUGCCAGCGCCGGCUGGACGACCGCAUGUCCGAUACUUAUACCUUCUAUUCGGCGGAAGACAUCCGGACAGAGCCCUCCGGAGGCGAGAGCGGCAGUAACAAAAGCAGCGGCCAGCCCGAGCCGCCCAAGGGCCAAGGGAGCGACGAUGCUGUGGCCCCUCCUGGCGCCGGCGAGAAGAAAUGGCUGGAAAGGAUGAGGAGAACUUUCGAGGAGCCCACCUCGUCGGUGGCCGCCCAAAUCCUGGCCAGCAUUUCCAUCCUGUUCGUCAUCGUCUCCAUGGUGGUGCUGUGUGCCAGCACCAUGCCGGAGUGGCGAACAGCUGAGAACCGAAGCCUGGAGGAGCAGAGCAGGAUAAUUGAAGCAAUUUGCAUCGGCUGGUUCACGGCAGAGUGCAUUGUGAGGUUCAUUGUCUCCAAAGACAAGUGUGAGUUUGUUAAGAGACCACUGAACAUCAUUGACUUGCUGGCUAUCACUCCGUAUUAUAUUUCUGUGCUGAUGACAAUUUUUACAGGGGAGAAUUCUCAGCUUCAGAGGGCUGGAGUCACUUUACGGGUUCUGAGAAUGAUGCGGAUUUUUUGGGUGAUUAAAUUGGCCCGCCACUUCAUCGGCCUCCAGACACUCGGCCUGACUUUGAAGCGAUGCUACAGAGAGAUGGUGAUGCUGCUCGUCUUCGUUUGUGUUGCAAUGGCAAUUUUCAGUGCUCUUGCCCAGCUUCUUGAACACGGACUGAAAAUAGGAAAACCCAAUGAAGGUUAUGCAAGCAUUCCUGCUGCUUGCUGGUGGGUUAUCAUCUCCAUGACCACAGUUGGUUAUGGUGAUGUUUGUCCUAUCACGGUACCUGGAAGGAUUCUUGGAGGGAUUUGUGUAGUCAGUGGAAUUGUUUUGCUAGCCCUGCCUAUCACAUUCAUCUACCACAGCUUUGUACAGUGUUACCAUGAGCUCAAGUUCCGGUCUGCUAGAUAUAGCAGGAGUCUUUCUGCAGAAUUUUUAAAUUAACAAAUAGCACAUAUUGUAUUUCAUAGCAGAACUUAAUAUAUUGAAGAAAGUAGUAAGUUCUUCUUCAUUGUUUUCCAUUUUGGUGUCUGAGGAAUUAUGAAGCUGGUACAAUACUCUGUGACUUAAGAGGAAUAUCUCCCUGCUCUGUUUGAGGGAUGGUCAUUUGCUCGUCAACACAGAAGAGCUGAGAUUCAUAAGGGAGAAAACAUCUUCAUUUAUAUAGUCUCAGCAGGUGUGAAAGUUUCCACACUCAUUUCUCCAAAUGCUGAGAAGUCCUAAAUGGUACACACUAUUUAGAGAUGAACGCAUAUAUGUGUUUUUAAAAUACUCUUGAUUUUGAAACCCAUAUCAAUAAGAAGUGUCCAACCUUUAAUUACCAGGGCCACACGUAACAGCCUGUAGAUAGUCAAGGGCCAAGAUAUUGGGGAUGCAAAAGGACAGAGCCAAGAUGUUCCCCCCUUCAAAGUUUUGAUCAGAAAGAAAGAAUUGCUGUUGUUUUUUAAACUGUGGUAAGUCUAUUUUAGGACAUUCUGGAGAUAUAUCUCAUGUCAAAAUGGCAGUAAAUGAUGCCACCAGAACUAAACAAGUAAUGGUUGGGGCGGCAAAUAUAUUCUUUCAGCCUUAAAUUGCUCCCUUCAUAGAUACAAACAAACAAACAUAUUCACCCGAACACAUACAUUUAUUUAAAAAAAUUCUGGUCAGAUCCAAGUGUAUGUAGAAGAAACCAAUGAAAAUGACUGAGAUUCGCUAGCUAUCACUAUUUUGUCCAAUUUAUUUCAGUGAAUUUUUUCUAAGUGUAAUUCAGUCUGGAUCUGAAACAAUAUGUACAGGUCUUGGUUUCAAUAUAAGGAACAACGUAACUGAUAUCGUACACUAAGAGUUACAGGGAGAAUUGUGAUUCUUUAUUUUGAAAUGAAAAUUUCAUGUAACUCUUGAAAGUUGGGUAUCUUGAUUCAAUUUGGGGAAGACAAGCUGCUUUUCUAAGAAGAAAAAAUUAAUCAGAAUGGUGGAAUACAAUUGAAUAGUAAUGGUAGUAGCAGUAAUAGUACUAGCAGUAAUGAAGGAUAAUUUUCAGAGUAGACUCAGUGAAGAGUAGACCCAGUGAAGCUCCUUGGAUUGUAGUUUUUUGUUUUAUGAGUUGCAAUUUAUAGUAGGGGUGUUCAACCCUGGCAACUUUAAUAUCAGUGGGCUUCAACUCCCAGAAUUUCCCAGCCAGCAUUUUGGCUG